AAAAAAAAAAAAAAAAAAAAAAACACCCUUGCGAGCCUCCUCCACAUAGAAAUUAGUUCCAGAUAGAAGAGUUUUGAUCGUAAUCAGCAAAAGCAAAAGAGGCCAAGUAAAUGCUCUCUUGUUGGAUGAUUUUGCACUUUGUGAUCAUUUUGGAAACCAAUGUGUUCUUCGUAUUCGUCCUUUUUUCGGAUUUUCCCAGUUGAAUACUUUGAAGCCUGAAGGUUGCAUUUGUUAAGAAGGCGUGAUCAGUGAAGCUGAACACAAUACUUGGUUUCUGCUGGUUGUUUAUGUGUAUCACCUAACAAAAUCACCUAGUACUACCUCCUCCUCUUCUUUUUUUUUUUUUUUUUUUUACCAUAAAUGGUACAUUUGAUUCCAAAUUGUAAAUCUACGAUUCUUGUUCGGUUUCUUCUGAGGGUGAUUCUUAUACUUGAUUCCCUGAGAAAUCAAAUUAUUAGAGGGUGUUCAUUCAAUUGCCAUUUCUUGAGGUUUUGUUAAAGAGACACUUGUAAUAAGAAAUCAACUACCUUCAAUCUAGUGAAUAAUACACUAGUACUAUUUGAGGUAAACAAAAUAUUUUCAGAAUGCUCAAAUUUCGAAACUAAUUUUUCAUACACAAUCUAAAGUGCACUUAACAAAUUUGCCAAAUUUUGGGGAAGGUAACAGAAGAAUAAAACAGCAAAACUGUAGGGGUAAAUGUAUAAUUUUUUUGACGAGUACUGGGUCCUAUUUUAUAAUAUAAAUUGGUCAAAGUUAAAACCCUCUUAUUCGAUUCCACAAAUCUUCAACUGACUUCAAGAAGCGGAAGCUUUUCACGAAACUCUCGUCGAAUUUCAGUGCAGACGAAAUGGAAGAUCCCAAUGCUACAUCUCUUCCUCCAUUGGUUAAAGCUACUUUUCAACUCGGAUCAGAAUCGUACUCUGUCAUGGCAAACAAGGGAGAUCUCUCUGAGCAAUUGGUUUCAAUGAAGGAGCAGAGCAUGAGUGUCUUGAAGGAAUAUCUAACCAAGCACAAUGUACCAACUGAUGUUCCUGACGAACCUGAUGAGGUUUCUUCAGAGGAUGAUGCUGAAAUUCCUCCUGUGAAAUCAAAGAAGAGAAAGUGACUUCUUUAACUUAGCUUAGUAGUUUAGAUAUUAUGUGCUCGAAUUCUCUGGAGUCUGGACUUCAUUUAUGAAUGAGAAUUUACCACCUUUUGUUUGAUCAUGAUGUAACUUGGAUGUCACGCAUGUAAGUUUUUCUGGAAUUGAAACUAUAUUCUAAACAAUAUAUUCCUUUCUUCUCAUUUCAUUACCUUUAUUAUAAUAGGACGAAUGGAAUACAUGUUAUACA